GAAGUGGAUGCAUUAGUCAACAAACACAACCCAUUGGGAGGAUUAUUCCAACAUAAAGUUAACAUGAAGGCAGAAGGAAAAUACUUUGACUGGCCUGACUGACGACAUGAGACACCCUCUGCUCCUUAUCAGCCUGUUGCUGGCAGUCCUCCACACUGUCAAUGUUGUGGCUCAAAACCCUGUCCAGAUCCAGUUCCAGACGUCCCCGGUUCUGGUCCAAUCCGGCACUGAGAUCGUGUUAACAGUUUUAACUGUGCCCGACGUCCUAUCAGUGAAAUGGGUGUACCAGGGAGUCACUCUGGGACUGUGGGCCGGAGGGAACCCGACGAUUAACACGGUGACCCAGUUCCAGGGUCGGGUCACCAUCACUGCCACCCAGCUGAGAAUUGGAGGGGCCCAGCUCCGCGACGCCGGGAACUACGCGGUGGAGGUGGAUCCCUUGGAUACAGCAGGACUAGUUUCUAACUCCGGAUCCGUACAAGUGCGGGUGUUUGAUGCAGUGACCGGGGUGAGCCUGCAGAUUCCCUCGGUAGCAGUGGAAGGAAGAAAUGUGUCUCUGCGGUGCACGCAGACUGCUGGGACAGAAAGUGAAUUCCAGUGGGGGAAAGGAGGGGAAACCAUCACCGCUGACUCCCGGAUCACCAUCACAGACGGCUCUCUGGUCAUCAACCCUGCCAGGCGGGGGGAUACUGGGGAGUACACGUGUACUGUCAGAAACCUUGUCAGCGCCCAAACGGCCACACAGAGCCUCACUGUCUACUAUGGCCCUGACACCCCCGUGCUGACCAAGGAGAGCCCUAAAGACUGUGUUGGGACAGGAGAUGUGCUGGUCGGGCAGACGGCGCGUCUCACCUGCUUGUCCGAAUCGCUGCCCCCUGCCCUGUUCUCAUGGCAACGUGAUGGACAGACGGUUGCAGCCGAUCAGCCGGACAGCGGGGUGCUCAGCCUUCAGACCUUCUCGACCGACGAGAGCGGCCGCUUCGUUUGCACGGCCAGGAACAGCAUCUCGGCGGCCACGUCCGAGCAGAGCACAGUCCUGAACAUCGUAGACAUAUGUCUCGAUGUUGGAGAAGUGGUGGGGAUUGUGAUUGGCUGUUUGCUGCUGAUCUUAAUCAUCGCGCUCCUCAUCUGGCUCAUUGUCUAUCUCGUGCGAAGGAGGAGGGCGCAGCAAAGGGAAACUGUGCUUGCGCCGAAGUCCAACCCAAAUCCCAGGCCUGUACCUCCAGAUCCACAACCUAAUAAUACAAGGGAUUUGGGCCAAGGUCCCCAACCCCCCCUCUACUACACAAACACACGAGCACGCCGCCCUGACCGACUCCACACGGACGCACGCGAAAACCGCAGCAACCCACAGACACUAGAGCUCAACAGGCUGCAAAACUCCAACACACACCGACACAAUGGACGCACAGACACAAAUAGACUCCGACACAAUUCUAUUCAGAACAGUGAUUCAUUCCAACACAAUGGAUUCGACAACCCGGCAUUCACGCAGGCUGAUGCUCCAAAUAUAAGCACGCACCCGAACACACAGCAGCAGCAGAAUCCAAACGUUGUCAUACAGGGCGGUGCCCAGCAGCCGGCCGUCCACGUCAACCUGAACACGCCGCCCCAAAACGCCCUGCAGAACAACAACGCACAAGUGCCGACCAUUCAUGUCAAUGUUAACUCAUACCCAACCAACAACCAGCAGACUCAGCCGGACACCUCAGUUCCUGUUACAAAUGCAGCCAAUAAUAACGCUGCACAAAUGGAACAAGGCUUAAUAGAAAGAGUGCUUUUAAAUCCUAGAAUGGAAAGCGGGCGGUCAUUUCUGAGUGACCCGCGGCUGAACGGUCACAUAGACACAGGUCAGCAGGAUCAGCCUGCACUUAUACCAACUGGAUUCACACACGUUAACAGUAACAGCGCUUCUCAACGAAAUGCAAACACACAGACGUACACGCAGGCGCCAGAGCCUCAACACAGGUCUGCUGGAGUCUCGGGUACCCAUGAUCCCUCUGACAGCUCCUCCUCACAGACACAGAUGCCGUGGGAUCGCCUCCGAGGGACACCGGCCUAUCCAAGCUUUCGAAGAGGACAGACCUCCCCUGACUCUACAGACUACACCUACCACCCUCCCAUUCCAGAGGCAAGAACGCAGAACAGAUCUCAGCCGAGGCCUCGGAGUCGGACCCCUCCCCGCAGACAAGAUGCUGCAUCAGCAGCCAGACAAACACGCAGCCGUUCAGCUGAUCAGCGAGCGCCAGACUCUCGCAGCGUAACACAGCUUGAGACCGCUCGCCACACACCGAGGAGCCCCCGCACUCAAAGGGAGGGUGCUCAGCGAGACAUCAGAGCGUCUCUCGGUAGCCAGCCGGCCCCCAGGCAGGAAGCCACCGGCAGCAAUAACCCCCAGGCUAUCCCUCUCAUGAACCAGAAGCCCGCUUUGGGCCGCUCUGCUGUGUCACAAGGACUGAUGACACAACAGGGACUCGCAGCUCUGCACGGUGCAGAUACAAGAGCUUUGGCUGAUCCUAAUCACCUUCCACAGGCACACAUGGCCCCGCAGCACAGAGCAGAACCGCUCCAACAAACAAUGCGAGGUCUGGGCACGCAGACGCAGCCUGUCACACAAGCAGCCAACCCACCUCGCCAAGGAGGCACCGCUCCAAACCUGAACCCCCCUGCCCAAAGUAUCCUCACCCAGGCUGCACUUACUGCCCACGCUCAGAGGGCUCAGACAUUUGAUAACCGGAGACAACAAACCCAGGCCGCCCUGCUACACCCCGGACCACAGGCGCAGGUCCCUACUGCACCGAUUCCUCCACCUGUGAUCCCCCUCACUCAAUUCCAAACAAUGCCCAAGAAACACACCCAGCACAUAUCUCCAGCUAUAGGCCCCAAGCCCCCAAAACCUCCUGUCAACAUACCUGUGGCUCAAAGACAUCUGCAUGAGCAGCAGCGUCACAAUGCGCGGCACCAUCACGCCACGAUGCCCGGUAACCAUCAUCACCAUGCUGGCGCACACAAGCGUGCACACAUCCACGGGCACCAUGGCCACCCAACCCACCCACGACAGGUGAGGGAGAUGCAGUUUGAAGGAUUAAAAGUGUAGCUAAAGGACGCCACGUGCAUUGAUUUGAAAGAUUUCCAGCACAUUUUUCUCUCUUAGAAGUGCACUUGAAGUCUGUCAUGUCUUGCACAUUUCCACGCUUCCACCUUCACCGUCUCCUCACCAGUGUCUGCGUUUGUCUACGGUUUUUCUUUUUUGAGGAUAGCUUGACAGCACUUGGAUCCUACAUUUUCACGAUUGACAGUCAUCUCGUUGCCAUAAAAAUCUAUUUAGCCUUGAGUGUUUGUGACACAGUGGCGUUUUUUUUUUUCUCUCUUUCUUUCAAAGAAGCAUUGUGUGUGAGAGGUUCAGCCUCUUCCUCUGCAUGACAUGUUGGCAAUGAAGGGCUUGUUGUGUCUUUCCAGCAACAGGCUCACAGAGGGAGACCGGGAUGAUGACAGAUGUCAGCAGACUACACUCCGCGACUGUCCCACAUCCUGUGACACAAACAAACAGCUGACAGACGUGAUCCAAUAUACCACCAAGCAAGACUGACUGCACAAGGUUCUGCACUUAAAAUAGCUGUCAUGGCAUGGUAUCUAAGUACUAAAGUCAGAUUUCUGUAUAAAAGAAAUGAACAUGUCUCCUGUGGGGAUGAUGGAAUGAAACUAUUUUGGUAAACAGGCUUUCUUCCUUAAAAAGAAAAGACAAAUUAUCUUAAAGAACUAGGCCUUUGUAAAAAUGUUCUAAAUUAAAUUUAUGAUGCUGAUAGAUAUUUAUACAAAACACUCCCCAGGCUACAUCCUCUCUCUAAACACACACACACACACACACACACACACACACACACACACACACACACACACACACACACACACACACACACACACACACACACACACACACACACACAGGGCAGCCUAGACCCACAUGUAUUGUUCUAUUUUGACUUGCACGGCACAGGUCAUGCAUCAAACUUUGCCAGGAGGCUGCUCAGAGAAGACAAGCUCAGUGAUCCAUAGCUCUUGACCAAGCUCACAUCCGCUCCGCCAUUCAUCAUGAAAACUAAACAACACCACCUUGACAAAAUGCACUUGAGGUGCUCACAUGAAUAUAUCUGAGUAUCUAACACUUAAGAAAAUCUAAUAGUGACAGAGACUAAAUGAGAGGGGACUCAUUCGGUCCCCCCCCCCACUCUCUCCCCCCCGGGAACAUUGACAAUUAUGAAAGAAGAAAUUAGCCGUAGGGGCGGUCCUCAUGGACAUGGAACUAUUUAUUUUGUGCCUGCUGUUUACAGAUGCCUCUCAUGACACCACUCAAUUAAGGGGAUUCGCCUCAGUGGCGCUGAGAAGUAAUGCUCAGCUAACUAUGAAGGGGAUCCCACGAAUGGAUGGGCGCUUAUUAAUUAAAUGCUUUUAUGUGACUUAAACGACUUGGAAAAUAAUCACACCCGCGCAUGAAUGAGGUCAGCACAAAGACCUGAGCUGCCACGCAUUCUGCUGAAAAAGCAGAGAGGAACAAUUUACUGUCUGCACUGUGUCACAGACCCAAGUACGGGGCAAUGUCAUUAUUCAUUUUGCACAUUAUGUUUUAAUGGUUUAUAAUGUUUGUGGGAUUUUUUUUAUUUCUUUUUAAUCUCAGGGGAGUUUUUCUGAAUUGGGUUAUUCAUGUUGCAUCAUUUUAAAUCUGUUUUAUAAUUAAUGAACACGUUUGGCCAAAUUCAUGUUGUGAUGUGAUGAUCAUUUCUACAGUUUCCAUUUCAAACAUUUUAAAACAAAUCCCAUCACAAGACCAAAGCUUACAAUGACUUGAUCUUACUAACAGGCUUUGUCUUUGCAGCCAAAAGGUGAUAUUCCUAUCCAGCCAUUGCACUCCAUUGCACUCCAUAAACUUAAAUAUGUAAAUAAUUAUGAAACAUACUGAAACUGGGCUACAUUUCAUGUGGCCAAGGUAGUUUAUUAAAGUCACACAUAUACUUUAUUCAUCUACAGUCAAUUCUUACAAGGGAACCAAAUGUGUCUUCAUCCUUCUUUGCAUUUGUUUGAGACCAUUUUUACUUUUUAUUGCAGUGUGAGUUACAUUUUCUAAACACUACAAUACACUGUUACAGAAAUGUAAACUUUUUUUUUCAAUUUGUGUCUUUAGAGGAACACACUGGCUACUUCCUGCAAACCAUGUAUGGAAGUAAAAAUAUGCUGAGGUGCUCUUGUUGACAUCAAGAAAAACAAAAAAGUUUUCAGUCAUUCUAGCUAUAUCUUUUUGAAAAAAGUCAUAAAUCAGUGCCAACACAUUUUCCAGCUCCCACCAAACAUCUGGAGCAUUGGUUGUACUGUACCGCUUUAAAAACAUUGCCAUUUUUUGGGGAAAAUAAAUGCUUGUUAUAAGUUUGUUCAGAUGUGUAUUAUUCAUGUGAGGUGCUAUAAGCAUUAAGCACUGUGUUGUAUUUUUGCUCCUCAGGAAGGAUUUGUACAUCGUUUGGACUUUAACAAUUGUUUCAACUUUCAAGGGUCUCUUUUUAUCAGCAAUAAAAUAUUUCAUAUAA